AUGACAUUUUUACUCCUGAACCUUUCUGGUAUAAAAGGGUCACCCAAGGAAGAUCUGACAGUAAGUGUGAGGAAUUUGGCAAUAAAACCACCGAUCUGCGGAGCUUUUGGAAUGCCCAAAAUGAUUAGGUUUUUCCCCCCUAUCUACAGCUCAUUAAAAUUCAGCCUUACUCUACUUCUCUUGAUUUCUACAACGCAAGUGUUCUGGUGUUACCCAGUUCCACCUUCUAAGGUAUCUGGAAAAUCUGAUUACUUUCUCAUCCUGCUGAACAGCUGCGCAACCAGGAUGGACAGGAGCGAGGGACCAGAUUUUCUAAAGCCAAUUUUGGAGAAGACGUCUAUGAAAAGGUCCUUUCGCAACGGGGUUGGAACAGGGAUGAAAAAAACUUCCUUUCGAAGAGCAAAGUCAUGA